UCACCCCUCCACACCAUCCCUAAGACAACAACAAGCACACACAGGAGAAAAACAGAGAUAACAGAGCAGCAAACUCAUCAGGUGCAACUCCUCUGCUCUGCUACGCAGACGCCGUGCCCGCGGACACCAACACAAACCAUGAGGCCCGGAGCCGAGUUCGUCGCCAUGAGCCACCGCGCGGGGGCGCCGAUGGUGGCGCCGGCGCACGGGCUGAUCAACGGGACGGCGCCGCACUCGCCAUGGCAGUCGCCUGUGCCGUACCUGUUCGGCGGCCUGGCGGCGAUGCUGGGGCUCAUCGCCUUGGCGCUGCUCAUCCUGGCGUGCUCCUACUGGAAGCUCUCCGGGUACCUCGACGGCGACCGGGACGGCCAGGAGUCGGGGGGCGACGGGGAGAAGGCCUCGGCGUCCGGCGCGUCCAAGCCGGCCCUGGAUUUCCAGGAGCACGUCGUGGUCAUCAUGGCCGGCGACGACCGGCCCACGUUCCUCGCCAAGCCGGCCACUAGCCGGGCAGUCGAGGUAGAGCUCGCAGCGGCGGCGGCAGCAAGCGCGAGCGCCGUCGACGAAAAGGAGAAGAAGAUGGACGAGCAGGGCUGCGAGGUGAGCUCGCAGCUCGGAGGCGACCCCGCCGACGCGGCGAGCGGGAGCAGCGGCCACCACCAUGACCAUGAGAGCAGCAGCACGACGGGGCGGCAAGAAAGCUUGCAAUGAAGCCUGAGGACAAUGAGAUGACAACUAACUCAGCUAUUUCAUCUGAUUGUGCGCGGCCUCGCUGCGAACUCCAUCAAAUUCCACGGCUGCAACAUGAAGUCCUACCCGGAGGCCUAGCGUGGGUCACUGGCUCCCAGGCCCAGGCCGGCAAGUUUCAGGACCGCGCCGACCGGCUCGACCGCAAGGAUGAGGACUGCAGCCGGCUGCUCUCCGCGCUCCUCACCGGCACGAGCGCCGACGGUGGCGCCGACAACAAGGAGGAAAAAGACGAAACUGGCCCGCCGGAGGUGGCGACGGUGGCCCCUUGAUGAGGCGGCACUCACGGCAAUGGUCGGAUCGUGUAAGGGCUAGUCAUGCCGUCCGCAGUGGCAUUCACUGGCCAUUAUUGGCGGGGAAGUGGCCUUCCGACGACCGUGACAAGAUGACCAAGAGGCCCAAUCGCGUAUCUGCAGGCAUCGUGCCAUGCCCAAAGGUCCGAUGGCCAUUUAUUGGUGUAACACGAUUUUUUUUUUCUGAGGUGUUGGACGUGUUUGCUGUUUGCAUCGUGCUAUGCAGAGGCCGGGCAUUCCUUC